AUGAAGCUUGACACAAGCGGUCUAGAAUCGGCUGCGCCUGUCUGGGGUGCUCCUAAUGAGCUUGUUGAUGGGUUUUCGGCUGCUCCGGCGUUCGAGGUCCCAAAUACCACUGAUUUUGAUGGUUUUCAGAAAGAAGCUAUUAAGAUGGUGAAACCUGCUAAGGGUACCACCACGCUUGCCUUCAUUUUUAAGGAAGGUGUCAUGGUUGCUGCUGAUUCUAGAGCUAGCAUGGGAGGCUAUAUCUCAUCACAGUCAGUGAAGAAAAUUAUUGAAAUCAAUCCUUACAUGCUUGGCACAAUGGCUGGUGGAGCUGCUGACUGCCAGUUUUGGCACAGAAAUUUAGGCAUCAGGUGCCGGCUGCAUGAAUUGGCAAACAAGCGUAGAAUUUCUGUUACAGGGGCAUCAAAACUGUUGGCAAACAUUCUCUAUUCUUACCGAGGAAUGGGACUGUCAAUUGGAACCAUGAUUGCUGGAUGGGAUGAAACGGGUCCUGGACUGUACUAUGUGGACAGUGAAGGGGGAAGGUUAAAGGGAAUGCGUUUCUCUGUUGGAUCUGGUUCACCAUAUGCUUAUGGUGUGCUGGAUAAUGGCUAUCGGUAUGAUAUGUCAGUUGAAGAAGCGGCAGAGUUGGCCAGAAGAGCUAUUUAUCAUGCCACAUUCCGAGAUGGAGCCAGUGGUGGUGUUGCUAGCGUUUACCAUGUGGGACCAAAUGGCUGGAAGAAGCUAUCUGGAGAUGAUGUUGGAGAACUUCACUACAAAUACUAUCCAGUGAUGCCAAGCACGGUAGAACAGGAAAUGGUUGAAAUAGCUGGGGCAUAGGAGUCUGCUCAACCUAGACCUAGUUGAGGUGUUUUCAUUCAUAGAUCAAUCAAUGGGAUAGAUUCUGAUACUAUGAAACAGAGUUUCGUCUAUUUACUUUGAAAUUAGCCUGAAAUUUUACUGAUAGACCUGGGUUCAAGUUAAUGUUAUAAGAAUGCUUCCCAUCAUUUCGAUCAUUUCAUCUGUUUGUCAUUGUCGAUGUUGAAAAUUUUUAAUGAAUCUCUACUUUUAGCUACCCCAAAUGUUGAAUUAUUUUUUCUCUAGGGUCUGGCAUUAUGGUAACGAAUUACUAUUACAGAUCUUACUCCACAAGUCAUUUGGCUAGGAAAUGGGUUAGUGGUAUUUCCACUUCCCAUCGAAGUUUGGUUCCCUGCAAAAUGUGAAAAAAGGAGGAGUGCAUGUACUUCGUCAUCAGCUCGGUAAGAGCUUACUUAAGCAAGUUGUAAUCCAUGAGUGGACUGCGGAAUCAAUCAAGCGAGGAAAGCAAGGUUUCAAUUGCAAUGGGCUACUUAUGGUGAUGAAGAUGGAUUUUAACAGGUGAUCCCAUAUUUUAAGCCCAUUUACCCAGUUCAAUUGGAGAGUAGAUGUUUGUUGUAUGUAUCGGUUCAACGUUUCUGAACAGUUAAAACUUAAAACCAACAAUGACAUGGGAAGUGAGACUUGAUAUGCCCCGAAAGGAAAAAAAAAAAA